UCCUCUCUCUCUCUGCAAAUCUCUGUAACAAAGAAUUCUCUGUGUUUCGUAUACCUUUCAUUUCCCAACGCAAUGGCCACUGAUAUUGAGGCUUCAUCAUUUUCUUCUUCCUCUGAAUCUCGAGUUUCUGCCUCCCAAAAUACAGAUGCAAUCGAGCGCGAUUCUGGGAAUUUUGGGUGCUCGCAUUAUCGAAGACGAUGCAAAAUCAGAGCUCCCUGUUGCGAUGAGAUCUUUGAUUGCAGGCAUUGCCACAAUGAAGCUAAGAACUCGCUUGAAACGAAAACUCUUGAUCCACAUGAUAUUCCUCGCCAUCAAGUUCAGAAGGUUAUCUGUUCCUUGUGUGACACAGAACAAGAUGUUCAGCAGUACUGCAUAAACUGUGGAGUCUGUCUUGGGAAGUACUUCUGCAGCAUAUGCAAAUUCUUUGAUGAUGACGUUUCAAAGAAUCAAUACCACUGUGAUGAAUGUGGAAUCUGCAGGAUUGGAGGCAAGGACAAUUUCUUCCACUGUAAGACAUGUGAAUGUUGCUAUUCCAAAGUAAUGAAAGACGGACAUCGCUGCAUUGAAAGAGCAAUGCAUCAUAGUUGCCCUGUUUGCUUUGAGUUUCUAUUUGACACAACAAAAGACAUCAGUGUCUUGCCUUGUGGCCAUACAAUACAUUUGGAAUGUGCAAAAGAGAUGGAGUCACAUUUCCAGUACUCUUGCCCCGUUUGCUCAAAGUCCAUAUGUGACAUGUCCAGAUUGUGGGAAAAGCUUGAUAAAGUGAUCGCUUCGACCCCAAUGCCCGAUACAUACAAAAACAAGAAGGUGUGGAUUCUAUGUAAUGACUGUGGUACAGAAGAUGAGGUUCAAUUCCAUAUCAUUGCUCAUAAAUGCUUGAAGUGCAACUCCUACAACACCAAACAGACAAGAGGAAGAGGAUCUACUGCUCCUUGCCCGUCAACGGUGGUGCCCGAGAUAGUGAGAUGAGAGGCGCCCUCCUACCAUUUAAAGUUUAUAAGGAGAAUUAUUGGAGUUGUUCAUCACAUUGUGUUGGCCUUCUCAUUCUCAUACAUGUAAGAUGCAUGAUGUCUUUAUAAAUGAACUAAUACUCUCAUAUCUAAGAGAGAGUUGGCUUAAAAUCGUCGCACCAAAUAAAUUUUCAAAUCUAGAGUGUGGCUGCGAUAACAAAUGAAUGCAAAUAUAAAUUUUGUUAGGCUAAA